GUUUUUAAACUGCAAAUAGAAGAGACGAGAAAAAAGUCAGUUCCGGCGAAAAUGGAGGAGCGCCACCGCAGUAGCAGCGGCAGCAAAUGGAUAGCGGCGGUGGCGAGCAUAUGGAUUCAGUGCAGCUGCGGCGCAUCCUACGCCUUCGGUAUCUACUCCCCUGUCCUCAAAUCCUCCCAGGAAUACGAUCAAUCCACCCUUGACACCGUAUCCGUCUUCAAGGACAUCGGCGCCAACGCCGGCAUUCUCUCCGGCCUCCUCUACUCCGCCGUCUGCAAUUCCGGCUCCCCGCGCAGGGGUCCCUGGUUGGUCCACCUCGCCGGAGCCCUCCAGUGCUUCAUUGGCUAUUUCUUCAUAUGGCUCGCCGUCGUCGGCACCAUCCCGCGCCCGCCCGUCCCGGUUAUGUCCCUCUUCAUGUUCAUCGCCGCUCAUGCGCAGACAUUUUUCAAUACCGCAAAUGUUGUUACAGUUGUACAGAAUUUCCCGGACUACAGCGGCACCGUCGUGGGAAUCAUGAAGGGCUUUCUUGGCUUGAGUGGAGCAAUACUAAUACAAGUGUCUCAGACAUUAUUCAACAACAACCCAAGAGCAUUUAUUUUGAUGCUUUCAUUAUUGCCAACUCUAACUAGCCUUCUGCUCAUGUGCUUGGUGAGAGUCCAUCAGACACCUCCUGGCAAUGAUGAGAGGCAUUUGAAUAAGUUCUUGAUUAUUUCAUUGAUUGCUGCAACAUAUCUUCUGUCUUUAAGGCUCUUGGAGGACAUCUUCAUCUUCCCACAAUGGGUAUUAAUUCUUACAUUUGUAGUGCUCUUUGUUCUACUAUUUUCACCUCUUGGCAUUGCCGUCGAAGCCCAAAAAGAAAGCUCAUGGGGUACAACUAAUGCAACAACUCCAUUGUUAAAUGAACCUGAGAAAUUGGCAGCAGGAAAUUUCAUGGAUGUUAAAGAAGUGCCCACCGAUACAAUAAAACGCAAGGGCAGCUCUAUGCCACAGGCUGUAGAAGAAAUUAAUCUAUUGCAAGCCAUGGGCACCAUCAACUUCUGGCUGUUGUUUGUUGCUAUGGUAUGUGGAAUGGGCUCAGGACUUGCCACAAUAAAUAACAUCAGCCAGAUAGGAGAAUCACUUGGCUACACAACACUGCAGAGAAGUACAUUAGUUUCACUAUGGAGUAUUUGGAAUUUUCUUGGUCGUCUUGGAGCAGGAUAUCUCUCGGACAUUUUUCUGCUGAGAAGAGGUUGCCCAAGGCCAGUUUUCAUCGUUCUCACACUAGCAGCCAUGACUGCUGGCCAUAUCACCAUUGCCUCUGGUUUCCCUUUAAAUUUAUACGUGGGUUCCCUAGUAGUUGGCAUUUGCUAUGGUUCGCAAUGGUCAUUGAUGCCUACCAUAACCAAAGAGAUAUUCGGAGUUCUGCAUAUGGGUACUAUAUUCAAUACAAUCGCCAUAGCCAGUCCUGUUGGGUCAUAUCUACUGUCUGUCAGAGUAAUUGGGUAUAUAUAUGAUAAAGAGGCAUCAGGAACUGGGAAUUCUUGCUAUGGGACUAAAUGCUUCAUGUUAUCCUAUUUUAUAUUGGCAUCAGUAAGCCUGUUUGGUUGUCUAGUUUCUUUGGCAUUGUUAAUCAGGACAAGAAGGUUUUACUCCCAAGCAUUGCUGAGAUGAACAUUACAGAAUGCUCCACAACACUUGAAAGAGGUUAUAAGACAUUUUGUACUAUGUAUCCAUUAUUAUUUUUUUUUGUUUAUGUGUGUUAUGCUUGGGCUUGUGGUACAAGAUUUGCUACAUCACAAGUUCAUGGGUUGUUGCCUGUUGAUAAUGUUUGUCACAAACAAAUGAAUUUCAGAAGAAAUAUA